AUGCCUCCAAAAGAAGACGAAUUUGAAUUUAAGGAUGAACGAGAGCCACAGGUUUCUCCAUUAUCACACUUUAAAAUUUUACAAAUUUUUGGUGGAAACUUGUUGUUGCUGUUGUUUGGAAUUCUUGGGGCUGUUGGGUAUGGUGUAAUCCCCAUUCUGUGUAAUGUCUUCAUAGGUGAAUUAAUUGACAGCUUGGCUGGAGCCAAAUCUGUGGAGGAAGGCAAGUUUGUUGUUUCACAGGUUUGCAUCAAGUUGGGAAUUCUAUCAGCAUGUAGUGCUGUUGCAUUCUUGUUACAGGAUUUCUUCUUGCAAAUAUCACAUGCAAGAAUAGGAACAUCUCUCAGAAAAGCAUACAUGCAUGCCCUCUCCAAACAGGAGAUGAGUUUCUUUGACAUUAAAAAGAUUGGAGCUAUCACAUCCAUUCUUUCUGAGGAUAUUGGAAAAAUUCAAGAAGUCUACACUACAGACCUCUCUAUAUUUUGCCAGGACUUGAGUCAGUUUGUGAUUGGGUUUGUUAUUUCUUUGACCAUUAAUUGGACGAUGUCUUUGAUUCUAGUCUCAACGAUACCCUUGACCUUUAUUUCCCAUAUGGUAAUGUCCACAAUCUCUACAAUUAUUACAAAGAGGAUUAACAAGUUGACUGAAAAUUCUUCUGCUGUAUCCAAUGAAAUCAUUUCUUCAAUGAAAACUAUUCGCUCCAUGGCACAAGAAUAUUCAGAAUUGAAUCGAUUCCAAAAAGAUUUGGACAAGAUUAACAGGCAGGGUGUUUUUAAGGGGUCUGUUCAUGGACCUUUUCUUGCCUUUACUGCUGGACUUACAUGGGCAACAGUAACAUUGGGUUUCCUGUAUGGUGGCACAACUGUUGCUGAGGGAAAGGCCACCAUGGGAUCAGUAUUCCAACAACGUAUUGCCAUUGCACGUGCUCUUUUGCAAAACCCAAAAGUUCUCUUAUUAGAUGAGGCAACUUCUGCAUUGGAUAGUGAAUCUGAAAGAUUGGUUCAGCAAGCAUUGGAUGUUCUGAUGAAAGGUCGUACUACUAUAUGUAUUGCUCAUAGACUGACAACUAUUAUCAAUUCAGAUAUCAUUUGUGUUUUGGUUAAAGGUGUUUUGGAAGAGAAAGGUAACCAUUCAGAGUUAAUUAGACUACCAAACGGUAUUUACAAAUCUCUUAUUGAGAAGCAAAUGGUAUUCAAUGAAGAACACAGCAAAAAUCACGAAACAGCUAAUGAAACUGUUGUUUUAGAAGAAUAA